UCCAAACUCAGGUUUCCCGUCGGCUGCCCCCCUUUCGUUGGGAGAGGACGGCAUCGUUCGGCGACGAAGCUCAAAGCUUGUUUGGCAAUUUCGAAACUCUUAGAUUUUUAUUCCAAGGAGGAGAAAAUGGAGAAAAAGGCUGAUCCUAGUCUUUUUGUUAAUGAUGGCUCUUUCAUGGAGAAAUUCAAGCAACUACAGCAAGAACAACUUGAUCAGAUGGCAAAAGAACCAAAAAACAGUGCUGCUUCGACCACGGUUCCCUAUCCUCCAAAAUCUGGGUUAAUUAUGGGCAAGAGACCGCUGGAUGUUAAGGCAACUGAGUCAAAGAAACCAAGCAAUUCUUCUUCAAAUGUUAAGCUUGCCUUCAGCUUGAAGCAGAAGUCAAAGAUUGCGGUUGCCCCUGUCAAAUUGUGCGGUGAUGAAGAGGAAGAAGGAGAGGAUUUGGGACUUACGUUAAGUGAACAGUCUGGGAAGAAGCAGAAGUUGGAAGAGUCUACUGAAUCAUCAAUGGAGCAGAAGGAUGUUGCAGCAUCUAUCCCGAGUGAUCCUGCAGUUAAGAAGGUUGCUGAUAAAUUAGCAAGUUUUGUUGCCAAGAAUGGGAGACAAUUUGAGCAUAUUACACGCCAGAGGAAUCCUGGAGAUACUCCAUUCAAAUUUUUAUUUGAUACCAGCUGCAUGGACUAUAAGUAUUAUGAGCAACGGCUACUUGAAGAGGAAAGGAUUCUUGCACAGGCGAAGGAUUCUAAUUCAUCACGAGCUGCCAAUGCAGGUUCUUCAACUCCUAGAGCAAGCAAUUCUCAUAGAAGCCCUGUCCAACAACCUUCUAAUUACCAGACGCCAGCAUCUGCUUUAUAUGAAUGCAAUAAUGAUCCAGUGUCUUCCCAUGCAUCUGCUGGAAAAUCAUCCAUCUAUGAUGGUGAAUCAAGUGGGCGACCACCUUCUGAUCGUAUAGCAAUGAUGGAAUUCUACAUGAACAAGGCUGCCCAAGAAGAGCGAAAGAGGCAACCUAGGCAGUCAAAGGAUGAAAUGCCACCACCUGCUUCUCUUCAAGGUCCUAUGAAAAAGGGUCAUCAUAUGGGUGACUAUAUACCCCAAGAAGAGCUAGAGAAGUUUAUGGCUAAUUGCAAUGAUGCUGCUGCGCAGAAAGCUGCUAAAGAGGCUGCGGAGAAGGCAAAAAUUCAGGCCGACAAUGUUGGGCAUAAGCUUUUAUCCAAAAUGGGCUGGAAAGAAGGUGAGGGACUUGGCAGUGAUAAGCAUGGCCGUGCAGACCCUGUUAUGGCGGGGAAUGUAAAACUGAACAAUUUAGGCAUUGGUGCGCAGCAUCCUGGUGAGGUUACUGAAGAGGAUGAUAUUUAUGAGCAAUAUAAGAAACGGAUGAUGCUUGGUUACCGCUAUAGACCAAAUCCUUUGAACAAUCCUCGGAAAGCUUAUUACUGACGAUGGAGCUUAGAUAUGCUUCCGUUGCUCUCGCUUGCCCAUCUUUCCAAUUCCAUAGCAAGAUGUGUUUCUUACUGUGGCUUUGAGCAACUAGUUUCUAUUUCUGGCUUUGUUCCUUUUAUUGGUGGGAUAAAUACCUAAUCUGAUGUAAUGUUCGUUGUAUAUUUUACUGCAUUUGUGCUAUGUUCUUGUUUGUCCUUUUUCUUUUAAUUCGGAAAUGUGACGCUUGUGCAUUGGAUUCCUUCCAUCAAAGUGAAAGACUGAGUGUCAGUUGGUGUGGUA